CCAUCUAUGGAGAGGCAGGCAGUGCAGCGGGCCAAGGAGGCCUUCCUGAGCGGCAGGACUCGGCCUCUGGAGUUCAGAUUGCAACAGCUUUGCGCACUGCAGAGGAUGAUCACUGAGAAAGAGGCUGAGAUAUCCACUGCUCUUAAGCAGGACAUCAACAGGAGCCAGUACGACACACCGCUCUUGGAGCUGAUUGGCAUUGAGAAUGAGAUCAAGCUGGCUUUAGCGAAACUGACAGAGUGGGCAGCUCCACGACCGGUCGAGAGGAAUAUCCUCACCAUUUCAGAUGAGGUUUAUAUCCAGCCGGAGCCUCUGGGAGUGGUGCUCAUCAUCGGGGCUUGGAACUACCCUUGGGCUCUCACACUCUUGCCCCUGGUUGGAGCUAUUGCUGCUGGCAACGCAGCAGUAGUGAAGCCGUCAGAGCUCAGCGAAUACUCGUCCCUCCUCCUACGGGCCCUGCUGCCUCGCUAUCUGGACAAGGAUCUGUACCCCGUUGUAACAGGUGGAGUGUCAGAGACACAGGAGCUGCUCAGGCUCAGAUUUGACCACGUCUUCUACACAGGCAGCAGCACUGUCGGUAAACUAGUUAUGGAGGCUGCGGCUCGCCACCUCACCCCAGUGACCCUAGAGCUGGGAGGGAAGAGCCCCUGCUACAUCGACAAGGACUGUGACAUCAGAAUUGCCUGCCGUCGUAUAACAUGGGGAAAGUUUGUCAACUGCGGUCAGACCUGCAUUGCUCCAGACUUCAUCCUGUGUGAAUCCUGCAUCCAGGGCCGAGUGGUGGAAUGCAUCCGACAAACUCUACUGGAAUUUUAUGGCGCUGAUCCCAAAUGCUCACCGGACUACGGUCGAAUCAUCAACCAGCGUCAUUUCAAUAGAGUCAUGGGUCUGAUGGAGGGUUACACCCCUGUAGUGGGAGGACAGAGUGAUGCCUCACAGCGCUACAUUGCCCCAACAGUGCUAAAGGACGUGCCCCCUCACUCCAGGCUGAUGCAGGAGGAGAUUUUCGGCCCCUUGCUGCCUAUAGUGACUGUGAGUGACAUGGAUGACGCCAUCCGCUUCAUCAACGAGAGAGAAAAACCUCUGGCACUCUACAUCUUCUGCUCUGAUAAGAAGGCAACAAAAAGGAUGAUUGAGGAGACCACAAGUGGAGGAGUGACGGUCAAUGAUGUUAUGAUGCACUACACACUCAGCUCACUCCCAUUUGGUGGUGUCGGUCAGAGUGGUAUGGGCCACUACCAUGGUAAGCACACCUUUGACCAGCUGAGCCACCAGAAGGCAUGCCUGGUCCGCUCUCUGCGGAUGGAGAAUGUUAACCUGGCCCGCUACCCUCCUCAGGACCGCCGGCGGGCGCGUAGGGUGCAAAUGGCCCUCAGGUCACCGAUGAUCGAUUUGUCCAGGAGGACGUUCAUCUGGGCUGUUACUGCCACCAUUAUCGGCUUUGGCCUGUUCAUCACCCUGCUAGUCAUCCUGCUCAUAGCUUCAGGCCUCAACUGUACCUGCUGGUACUGGAGAGGCUUUUAUAACUAG